AUGAAAGAUUUUAAAGAGAGCCAGUUUUAUAAAAAAAUAAAACCAUGUAUUGAGAAAUAUAUGCCUAAGUAUACAAAUGAAGGUCAAAUAAUAUUUGAACAUCCUCAUGAAAUUUCUUAUGGCAAUUGUGGUUAUAGAGAAAAAUAUAAUUCAUCUUCAUGUGAUUUAUUAAAUGCUAUAAAUAAAUGUGGGAUAUUUGUAGGGUUGUUAUUUAUAAAAUAUAAUUAUGAUAUAAUAUUUAAACAAACAGAAAAAAAAAAAAAAAAAAAUGAAAAUAAUGGUGAUGGUGAUGAUUAUGAUGAUGGUAAUUAUUAUUAUAUGUGUGAAAAAAAUUAUAACAACCUUGAACAUGAUUAUAAUGAAUUUAUAAAAAUGAAAAAUAUAGGAAUUAUUCUUACUGCUUCACACAAUCCACAUGAUGAAAAUGGAGUUAAAAUUAUUGGAGUUGAUGGCAAAUAUAUAAAUAAAAGAUAUGAAAAUUAUUUAAUAGAUCUUGUGAAUAGUCAUUUAAGAUAUAUAAAAAAAAAUAUAUAUUGUACAUGUGAUGAUAUUAUAAAUAAUAUUAUCGAAUUAAUUAUAGAUAUAUUUAAAAAAGAAAUACAUUUAGAUAUAUCAGAUGAUAUAAUUUAUAGAAAUAUUACUAUAUUAGAUAAUAUAAUAUAUAAUUAUAAUAUACAUAAUAAAAUAAAAAGAAAUAUAUGUAUAGGAUUUGAUACUAGAAAUAGUAAUAUACAUUUAAAUAAUAUUAUUAUUGAAUCAUUAAAUUGUCUUAAUAUAUAUAAAUGUAUUAAUAAUAUUUCUUAUAUUACUACACCAUGUAUGCAUUUCUUAAUUUACUUUUUAAAUAAUAUAAAUGAAAAUGAUCAAAAAUUAAACAAACAAAUUAUAGAACAAGAAGAAUAUACAAUACAUAAAAAAGAUAAUGACUUAUCUUAUUUAGAAAAUUUUAAUCUACAAAAUAAGAAGUAUGUAUAUAAUUUAUAUUAUUCAAUAGAUGAUCAUAUUCUUAUAAAUGAUGUCUUCACAAAAAAUCAAACUCUUACAAAACAACCAUUAAAUAUUUCAAUAGAUCAAGAGAAAAAAGAAAAGGAAAAAGAAAAAAAAAAAAAAAAUUCUCAUGAAAAUCAAAAUUUCAGUUAUACACAUAUAGAACAUAUAUAUGCAUAUAAUAGUGAUCAAAUAUAUUAUGAUUAUUUCAUACAUUCAUUUGAAAUGUUAUAUAGUUAUAUUAAUAAAUUAUUUAAUAAUAAUAUAAUGAUGGAUGUUGAAAAUAUUUAUGUUGAUUGUUCAAAUGGUAUAGCUAGCUUAAAAAUAGAUAAAUUCCAACAAAUUUUUAAAAUAUUAAAAAAAAAUAUAUGUAAAUUUAAUUGUAUUGAAGGAGAACAUAGUAUAUUAAAUUAUGAGUGUGGAGCUGAAUAUGUAUAUAGAAAACAGCAGCCUCCAAAAAAUAUUCCACAUUUUAUAAAACCCAAUACAAAAUUUUGUACCUUUGAUGGAGAUGCGGAUCGUAUACUUUAUUUUUUUUUUCCACAAGAAAUAGAAGAAAAUAAAAAGCAUAUUUUUAAUCAAAAAAAUGAAAAUAAUCAAAAUAAAAAUAUGGAUUGUAUUAUCAAUUGUGAUAUGAUUUAUAAUAUGAUUUAUAAUAAUAAUAUUAAUUGUAAUAAUAAUAAUUUCCACACCCCCAUCUGUCAUUCUGAAAAAGAAUUAAGGUGUCAUUAUGAUAACAAUAUAGAUACAUCCAAAAAUAAACAUAUAGCUAUUUUGGAUGGACCCAAAAUUAUUUGCCUUUUUUUUUUGUGCAUAAUAAAAAUGCUAUCACAUAUUAAAAUUGAAGAACCCAAAGAAGAAAUAUCUUUUAUCGAUAUUAAUAUAAUACAUACUGCAUAUACCAAUUCAGCAUUUAUCAAUUAUAUAAAUUAUAUAAAAAAUAAUAUUCUUGUUAAUAUUCAUAUUUUUAAAUAUAUAGAUAUUAAUAUUACAUGUACAAAAACAGGAAUGAAAUAUCUAGAUACAUUAGCAGAAAAAGCUUCUAUAGGUAUUUUUUUUGAACCUAAUGGACAUGGAACUAUAUAUGUUAAUAUAAAUAAAUUACAUACAUGGUCUCUUUCUUUAAAUAUAUAUAAUGAUCCAUCCUUUAUUGUAUUACAAAAAUAUUUACUUUUUUUUAAUCAAACGGUAGGUGAUGCAUUCCUUGAUUUUAUAGCCAUCGAAUUAUCUUUAUCACUUUUAAACAUAACUAUAAAUGAAUGGAAUAAUUUCUAUACACCAUUUCCAUCUUUAUAUAUUAAUGUUAAGUGUCCUAAUCAUAUACUUACUAAAAUCAAACCACAUCCAGAACAUGAAAAAUAUUUAAUAGAACCAAAAGAAUUACAAAAUUAUAUUAAUCAAAUAGUCAACACAGUUGAUAAAAAACAUGGAAGAUGUUUUAUCAGACCGUCAGGAACUGAGACUCUACUUCGAAUUUAUGCUGAAGCAGAAACUCAACAAAAAAUGAAAGAUAUAUUAGACAAGGCUCAAAAAUGUGUACUACAUUAUAUUCAACAUAUGGUAUGA